UUAGGGUUUAUGGCGCGGACAGGGAAGAAGCGAAGGCCGGCGGCGGUCAGGCGAAAUGUGGCGGCUCCAUCGGCCCCGCCCGCCCCUGUUCCAAAGGUAUGGCGUCCUGGAGUUGAUACGCUGGAAAAGGACGAGGAAUUGCAAUUCGAUCCAUCUACUUAUGACUGCCUUCACGCAUUUCACUUGGGAUGGCCGUGUUUGAGCUUUGACAUCGUGAGAGAUACACUGGGAGCUUUGCGACAUGAAUUUCCUCACACGAUGUUUUGCGUGGCCGGAACACAGGCAGAUGCGUCGACCAGCAACACAAUUGCCAUCGUGAAGCUGUCCAACUUGACUGGAAAGAAACGAUCGCCCAACGCUGUUCCCAACGACGAGAGUGGAAGCGAGAGUGACGAUAGCGAGGAUGAACAAGACCAAGAAACGCCAACGCCCGCACCAGACGAGUCGAGUAAAAUUCCUAAGCUGGAGGAACGAAUGGUGCCUCACCAGGGGUGUGUGAAUCGCAUCCGAUCCAUGCCACAACAACCUCAUAUUGUUGCAUCAUGGUCUGCUGAAGGCUUUGUCCAGAUGUGGGACUUUUCGUCCCAACUUAAUGCUGUAGCUACAAACAAUGACGCUGGAAGCAGCAAACGUACCUCCCAUCCUCCUCUUCAAAUAUGUAAAGCGCAUAAAGAUGAAGGUUUUGCCAUGGAUUGGAGCCCGAUGACUCCCGGACGUUUCCUUUCUGGGGAUUGCAAGGGAGUGAUCCAUUUCUGGGAGCCGAUGCCUGGGGGAAGAUGGAACGUGGGGAACGCGCAUUGCCUUGGACAUAGUGGCAGUGUCGAGGACUUACAGUGGAGUCCUUCAGAGGAAAAUGUGUUUGCUUCUUGCUCAGUAGACAAAACCAUUGGGAUUUGGGAUUUACGAUCUCGAAGAAAAGAGCUGUCUGUAAAAGCUCAUGACACAGACGUUAACGUCAUCUCCUGGAACAAAAACAAGUCGGCAUCCUGCCUACUAGCGUCAGGAAGUGACAAUGGUCUCUUCCGCGUGUGGGAUCUCCGGGCGUUCAAAGAAGAUUCCGCCGUGGCGCAUUUCACGCACCAUAGUUCGUAUAUCACGUCGAUCGAAUGGAGCCCCCACGAAGAGUCCACUCUGGCUGUGGCCUCUGCGGACAACCAGCUAACUAUCUGGGACGUAGCGCUGGAGCGUGAUACCGAGGAAGAGGCUCAAUACCAAAUGGAGCUGGGACAGGAGCAAGCGGCGGCUCCAGAGAACUUGCCGGCCCAACUGCUUUUCGUUCACCAGGGACAGAAGGAUAUGAAGGAAGUGCACUGGCAUCCUCAAAUUCACGGGCUUUUGGUUUCUACCGCUGGCGAUGGCUUUAACGUGUUCCGGCCUUGCAACUUGUAGAUCCAUCAGCUAGGCCUUUGUCUUUUGGUUAGGGUCGUGUGAGCAUUUACAUGCAGACGUGCUUUCAAAAUUUACGCUGUGCUUACUCGUUUUCACAACAUAGCUUUCUCUAUGCUAUUGAAGUCCUUGGAAAUUGUAUCAGUUUGGUUGGCGUGGCUAGCUCGCAGGGAGGAGACACGCACAUCAUUUACUUUAGACAUAUUGACAAGUCGUACUACGCUGUUUUGGAGAAAGUUCUUCUAGAAUUCAAUGCCCAGAUAAUUUCAUUU